CACUGAUUCUCUCAUUCAGUCAUUCAUUAGUCAUUCAAAGCAUUCAUUAGUUAUAAAUUUAUUAUAUAUUUAUUUGUAUUUAUCUAUAGUUUUAUUCGUUGUUACCAUUUAUACCAUCAUUUGCGCAGAGAUCUUGAGAUAGAGAGAUAGCCAUCGAGAGCGCCAUUGAUUAGCGAUGUCCGCCAAACGCGAGGCUUUGUGCGAGUAUUUCGACGAAGACGUUGUGGUGAAGAGAUGUUCGUCGACGGGACGACUGGUCUUCGGUCUUGUGGUGAUGUCGUCGGAGAACGCGUCCGACUCUGAAGACAGCGAUUCCGGCGAUGACGACGACGACAGUACCGACGCUCAGGGCUCGACCUCGGGGUCCAAAUGGCGUCGAGUGAGGCCCGGGUUCGCCAAAAUCGCUUUGUAUCCCAACGGCAACACUGUUGUCAUCAACGAGUCCAAGGCCAAACUCUACGACCGAUCGCUUCUCAGCGGAGAUGUUGUCCAACGCUUGGAUCCGUUGAGCCAUAAACUGGUGCCAAACGGCGAACACGGCUUCUGCAGAGACAUCCGCAUAUUGACGGCGAUUAAGAUCUUGGGAACCGAUAAAGUGAUCGAAAACGUGGACACAAACGACAUGCAAAUGCUGCUGAAUAUCAGCGAAGACACCAUCUGUUUGCUGGACUCGUGGAUCGGUUACGUGAAGGAAGUGAACCUUAAGGUGACCCUCAAGUGCAUCGACGGCUCACUGCUGGUCAUCGAUGACAUAGACAUCAGUGAGUUCGAGGACCUCUUGACUCAGAGGGAGAGCAACGACACGGAGUUCAGUCGCGAUGACUACUAUAUCGGGCAACAGCUAUUUGGUCCCAAACAUCACCUCAAGAAUGCCAAAUGGAUUACACAAACGAAACGAAUGAAACGCUUUAUGAGCUCUCAAUCGGUUCGCAACUAUAAGAUCAAUGUUGUCGUCGAAGACAUUGUCAUCGAUAACGUGACCAUCACUUGGAUGUGUUGCCUGUCGGACGACAGUUUGAGUAAUAAAUCGCAAAAUAUGAAUGCAAUCACUGGUAGUAAUAAUCUGAAGAAUAUGAUGAAAGAUAAGUCUCAGAACAGCUCCUUCAGCGCAAUGUCUCAUCCGAGCGGUGAUAUCAUCAGAGGUGAAGCCAUUUCGAGAAUCAAAUGCGUGAACCACUUCCGCAAGUGUUCGGCACAAAUAGGCCAUCAGUGCUAUUACACCAUCAAAGAGACCGAUUCUGUCAUUAGUUUCACUAAUUGGGAGUCAAAGGAGUCCAUGAAAUGGUUGACUGAAGUCAAGAGCAAAGACAGCUUAUCGGCCAGCGAUGAGGUCUGUCGCCAAUCAGAUAACGAAACCAGUUUCGCGUCCAAUGAUAACGCGAACACCACUUUCUGGUCAAAGAGUGAUAGUCUGUCGAUGUCUUCGUUAGAAGACAACAGCAAUAAGAAAAGGAAGGGAAAGAAACGCAAAAACCAAUUCUCGCUGUCAUUACGAAAAGUGAAAUCCAAGAAACUGUUGCCUUCGCACCGGAAGACGCCUUACUCGUUGCCUAUCAAUACAAGUGCCGGCGCUCGCGUUCCUAUCGAGAUAAUGGCCACAAAUACUCGGGUGUCUGUCGUGUGGCAGCACUCGGACGUGGAGUCGGACGUGGCGUCCGUUUCUCUAUACCCGGUCCACAGUAUCGAUAAUCACGACUUCUUUCCCGGCGAUUAUGUGGUCGAGAAUAAAGACAUUUCCCAGUCUUUCGACUACGGAGUGAUCCAAACGUGUGACUACACGUCGCGCACGGCGACCGUUAAUUGGCUGUCGGCGCCGCCCGGCUCUACCGCACCUCAGUUUGUCGCUCAACAAGAGCUCAGCGUUUACGACAUCAAAGAUCACCCGGACUUCAACUUUCGGCCCGGCGUUUGUGUCGUAAGGAUACUGGCGCUAAACGAGGAGCACUGCGACCCCACCUCCCGGACCGGUCAGGUGCUCGACCUCACGACCGACGGUAUGUUGAGAUGCAUUUGGCUGAACGGACAGACGUCUCUCGUUAGUCCGCAGAACUUGUUUGUUGUCGGAGAUUAUGAUUCGGACGAUUUGUGGGGAGACAGUGAUAUGGACUACGAUUCCGAUUAUAGUGUGUAUGAAAGCGCCGAGAGUUGGGAAACGGAUGACGAGAAGUCUAAAGCCAAAAAGAACAAAAGUCCUAAAAAGCCAUUGCAUUCGACUCCGAAGAGUCCCGCAGUGGUGGGAACCCCUCAGAACACUCAGGGCUUACUAAAUAUGAUACAAACCGGUGCCUCACAUCUGGAGGAAUGGCUCAAAAACGGACGAAACGGUCUGCAAAACCCGUUAAAAUUGAUUAAAAAGCCGGAAUCGGAUCACAGAUCAGAAUCGGAUCAGAGGAACGAUUUGCCACAAAAAGAACUAAACAAUUACUCGAAUAAAGUGCUUCAGAUGUCUAAACGAUUGCUUCAACACUUCGGGUCGUGGAGUCCGGGCGCUCAACAGUCAACCGCCGGCCCUCCCAACCCUCACAACAACGACUGCGUGACUAUCGACAGCGGAAUCGUGGAAAUGAGUAAUGAGUCCAACAGUGGAAAGAGUUCUCUGAACGACAGCCAAAAGGCGUCCUCGAGUUCCGACCAAAACAUCAAUUCAUUGCUCGAAAUGAUCGACGACUUGAAGACCAAAAUCAAGAACAACGAAGACAUGGCGGCAGAGAUCGCGGACCAAAAGCCUGUCAAUAGUGAGGAAUCUAAAGAGAGUGUGGAUUCCGACAGCAAUUUAGCCGAAAUGAAAGGAAAUGUGAUAUUUUUAGAUAGAGUUCCCGAAAAUCAUAAAUAUCUGUAUUCAACGGUCGAACCCAAGAAUUCAAAGGAAUUCUUAAAGCGGAUUAAGUAUGAGAUCUCUUUGCUGAGGAGUUCCCUACCGGAAGGCAUAGCUGUGGCUCUAUUUCACGACCGAAUGGAUCUGCUGUCGGUGAUGAUCUACGGGCCAAAGGGCACGCCCUACGAGGACGGCCUCUUCCUGUUCGACAUCCAACUGCCGGCCAAUUACCCGAACGGUCCGCCACUGGUUCACUAUAUCUCCUACUGUUCCGAUAGACUGAACCCAAAUCUGUACGAAAGUGGCAAAGUGUGCGUCAGUUUGUUGGGCACGUGGAGUGGCAAAGGGACCGAAGUGUGGUCACCGAACGGUUCCAAUCUGUUGCAAGUGAUUGUCUCCAUACAGGGCCUCAUUCUGGUGGACGAGCCCUACUAUAACGAGGCCGGAUAUCACAAACAGAGGGGCACUACCAUCGCCUCCGAGAACAGUCGCCUCUACAACGAGAUGGUCGUCAUUAAACUGAUUCAGUCGGUGACCAAAAUGCUGGCCACACCUCACAAGGCUUUCGACAAACAAAUCCGCGAACAUAUCGUCGCCAUUGGCGACCAAUUCAUCGGAAGGCACCGCAAUUGGGCCGACGUCUCGCAGAUGUGUAUUUCGCAGUCAAUCACAACCAGUGAACAGUUGUCCGCGUGUCAGGGCGUGAGUCUCGACGCCGUCUUACCUCCGUUUCCCCUAUUGCCUGCCUCUCACGGGUUCUGUUUGUCUCUAAACAAAUCCAUUUCUCAGUUUCAAGAAACUCUCAACACUUUCAAAUGAUGUC